AUGUACUCAUAGACGAGGUCCAUUAUAUCAUAAAAAAAACACAAAUAGAAAUAGUUCACUUUAGCCGAAAUUCCGGUGGUUUAGGGUUACACUUGCAACUAUGUCGACGCCGUGCGCAUGUGGAACUGUGGUGGUGGUGGAGGAUGAAAAAUUGAUGGCUGGGACCUCGUCGCACUCUUCUACGGAAGAGGAGUCGCCUCCUGAGAAGAAAUUGAAACUCUAUAAUGAAAAUAACAAGGAUGAUUUGAAGUUUGAUGAUGAGUCCGGAUCUGAUGGAGAGCAAAAAGGGAAGGAGGAAGAGUCGUUCGGGUAUGAUCCGGAUGAUUGGAUGACGUGGCCAAAUAAGGACGUCUUUAUCAAGUACUUUCAACAGCUUCACGAGAGCGAUGGUUUUGAGUUUGAUGAAUACCCUGGGUCGUGCAUGUUUGCUCCCAUCUACCCCAUGAUCGGAUUUGAACGUUUUCCUGAGUUUGUGGAUGAGAUCAAGGGUUAUGCUUCAAUGGCAAUCAAGAAGUACUUUGGCAAUGAUGGGAAAGAACGCGAUAUUAAGGAGAUUGUGAGGAUAAAUGCUGGUGGUUGUCGUGACUUUACCUACUACAUUACCUUUAAAAUUGACAAUGAUGGGAAUGAAGAAACUUUUCAAGCUAAGGUGGAAGACACGAUUGAGAACACAAUAGAGAUUCCAAUUUGCAGGCGCAAGGUUUAACUUAUUGCUGAAAUAUCUGCAGUUAAUUAUGGCGCUUGGCGCCUCGUGUACAAAACUUUGCUGUCUUUUACUAAAAGAGAGCUAGUAUUAAUGGUUCUCUUAUCCACCAUUGACAUCUUGUUGGCAAGGUACACGGUACUUCUUUUGAUGUUUUUGUGACUUGUGAUGUCUCUAAAUUUAAUCUCUCAAACAAUAUGCUACAAGUAUUCAGUCCCAGUAUCUGAAUGGAUUGGUAACAAGUUCACUUUGGGGACUUUGGGGAUAGCUUUCGGCUUAUUUGGUUAUAUGCGGGCAAA